AUGGGUCUAUCAAACCUCAACCCGCUGCGGGCGCGCGAUGCGAAACAACGUCACUCCGACGUCGAAGACAGUUCGGACGAUUACUCCUCCGACGAUUCCUCCGAUAACUCUUCACGAUCCAGGCCUAGCCCUCGACGGCCCCGACAUGCCUCCUCUUCAGCUUCUUCGAACUCCGGACUGAUGGCGCAAAGACCAUCGCCUACCUCGCAGCGCCGCCCUCCCCGAAGACAUUUUUACAGACUACCAAACAAGGUCAUACGAGUCUUGUGUCUUGGCCUGAUCACGACCAUUGUCGUCUUCAUAUUCGGUCUCGUACGAGCAAGUCAGGUGGAGAACAGGAGGAUAGCGGAAGGAAAGGUCGAAAAGAAGCCACCACCUCCUCCGCCAUGGGAGAACUUCCAGUUUCUUACCAGGUACUAUGGUGGACUCAAGACAUUGGUGCCCGUUGAGGAAAAUGUGCCCCAGUAUCCUAGGUUUGAAGAUGAGGCUCCCUACAAUGCGACUGCGCCGUCAGCGCAGCAGGAACAGAAUAAGUCGGGCAAAAGAGAUACUGCGUACGGCUCAUCCGCAGCGACCACGGCCAUCCCACCCAGCAAGUCAUUUAUGGAGCAUCCAGGUUCGGUGGUUCCAAACAACCGUCAAGGGAUCCAGGAGUGUUGCCUCGACGAGCAGAAAUCGAUACGGAUUCCUCAAAUUCACUACUACGAUGGUCGCCCUAGUGGAUUCCCAGACAAUGUCAUCGGUUCCUACGACCUACUUUCUCUCCCCGAAGACAUCUGUUUCGACCGAUUCGGCAGGUAUGGCCCGUACGGCUAUGGCUAUUCGGUCAAGACAGGAGGCCUUGGGGUUGGCGAGCAUGGCGACCGAGCAGGGGCUGAUGAGGUUUGGAAAUCCAUCAAACAAGUGGACUGGAGCAGUACCAGCAUCGAUUGGGCUGAAGCCCAACGGCGCUGCUUUAGAGCCAACGAAGGCCGUUAUCAGCCUGUUGAACCACACAAUACCCCUAUUCAAGGCUUCUAUAUCAAGGAGGAUAAAAAAUCGCAUCUGAAGACCAGAGCCGACGUCCACACUUCCGAGAGUACGACUUCCACACAGCCUGCCGAAGAGAAGGAAAAGGGUUCCGCCUCUCCUGAAGUACCCAAACCGAAGGGUGAUAUUCCUCGAUCCGCUCUUGUCAUUAGAGCCUGGGACGAGAUCGACUGGAACGCCGAGAGCAUCCUCAAUCUUCGCGCUCUUGUGGCGGAACUGUCUCUUGCCUCCGGCGGCCGCUACGAUGUGCAUCUCUUGGUGCAGGUACGCAACGACGGAAAGAAUCCCGUCUGGGCCGACGACGAGGCCUACCAAAGGCGUAUCAACGAUACCAUUCCCGCAGAAUUCCGCGGUAUGGUAACUUUGUGGUCUGAGACCCAAAUGCUUGCCAUCUACCAGGGUGUCCGCGACCUUUGGACCAAGGGCCCUGAACUGCCUGUCCACGGUUCGUAUCGCGGUCUGCAGAUGGCGAUGCAGUACUUUGCCUACAAGCACCCCGAAUACGAACAUUUUUGGCAAUGGGAAAUGGAUAUCCGCUACACCGGCCACUACUAUGACCUACUCUCCAAGCUGGAAUCUUGGGCCAAGGAGCAACCGCGCAAGGGCUUGUGGGAGCGCAACGCGCGAUUCUACAUGCCGUACGUGCACGGCACCUGGGACGACUUCAAGCAGAUGGCGCGCGUACAAACCGAGCACGGCACCGUCGGCGCCGACAACAUCUGGGACAACGCCAUCAGGAAGGGCGGCGGCAACAAGGGUGACAAGCAAGAAUCGCCCAAUCAAGUGAAAACCAAAGGUGAGAAGAGCAUCUGGGGCCCUGAGCGACCCAAGUCCGAAACGGACUGGUUCGAGUACGACCAAGACCCUGUUCCGCCCACCAGCUACGAGCGCGACAAGUACGCCUGGGGCGUCGGCGAGGAAGCCGACCUGAUCACGCUCAACCCCAUCUUCAACCCGGAGGGCACUACGUGGGAGCUGGCCGACGACAUCACGGGCUACAACGAAACCAACAACAUGGGCAAGCCGCCCCGGCGCGCCCAGAUCAUCACCGCCAGCCGCAUGUCCCGCCGCCUGCUGCUGACCAUGCACCGCGAGACCGCCUUCAAGAAGCACCAUGCCUUUCCCGAAAUGUGGCCCGCCACGGUCGCGCUGCAUCACGGGCUCAAGGCUGUGUUUGCCCCGCACCCGCUGUUCGUCGACCGCGAGUGGCCGACCGAGUACAUGGCGCACAUCCUCAACGGCGGGCGCAACGGGGCGUCCGGAGGGUCGAGAACGUCGGUGUUUGGUAAUCGGGAGCAUAACAUGAGGGGACUGACGUGGUUCUAUAACGCCGGGUUCUCGGCCAACUUGUACAAGCGGUGGUUGGGACUCAAGGUGAAUAACGACGGCGGCGAGCAGUUCGAGCUGAGGCCGGAUAACAGCGCGGAUGACCAGACGGUGUCGACGAUGCGCGGCGGCGAGGGCAGGAUGUGUUUGCCGCCUAUGCUGUUGCAUCCGGUUAAGGAUGUCGUGUUGCCGGUUGAGCAGGAGGCGGAAGAGGCGAAGGUCACGGUGCCGGAGUCGGAUCCGUCUGCUUGA